AUGCCAGACUUGCUGGACUCUGGCGGAUCUACAGAAUCAAGCCAAUUCAGUAGAAAGGGUAAGAUCGACCUUGAAUCGUGCGCCGCGUGCAACAAGCUGCUGGCGAUCGAGCUUCAGAAAAGAAUCGACGAAGUGGAAGAGGACACGCAGCAUUAUAAGACGGCGAUCGAGGCAUUUGGGAAAGACUUUGAAGAUGACGAAGACGUGGAUCAAGUUGAGCUGGAGCUCAAAGAGCUUGAAAAGCAGGAGGCUGAGCAGAGAAAACGACUUGAUCAGGCGAUGAAUGAGUUUGAAAGCUACAGAAGCGAGGUCACCAAGUUGAAGUCCGAAGUUUCAGAGCUAAAAGACAAAGAAUACGAGCUAGAGAAAGAAUAUGCAACGCUGAAGGCGCGAAUGUUCCAAGCCGAAGAAGUGUCGAUUUCAACAAAUCUUCAGAAUCGAGCACUUCAGGCACACGUUCAGCGUCUCAAGAGCACUACUCCCCUCGCCGCCGCUUUUCACAUUUCGCGAAAAGGGAAGUUCGGCGUUAUUAAUGGCCUCCGACUCGGCUGGAGCGAAUCUGAAGAAGUACCCUGGAAUGAAAUCGCUGCCGCGUGGGGACAGACUGCGUUAUUGACAGUAGCAGUGGCGAAGAAGCUCAAAAUGGAGAAAUUCGAGCGUUUUACUCUCGUCCCACUCGGCGAGAAAAGCUUCAUCGAAGACGAAAAGGGCAACCGGCUGCCACUGUACACUUCUAGGAGCGUCAAAUCGCGCGUUUUCGGCGAACGGGGCUUCGAUAGCGGCGUUUCUGCAUAUUUAGAUAUUCUCUGUCAGAUCAGAGACAAAAUGGCUAGCAGCGGCAUUACCUGGCCGUACAAGAUUGAAAAGGGCCAGAUUCAGAAAACGAAUAGCUCCAAUCAAUGGUAUCCAGUGAAGUUUUCCUUUUCCUCCGGCGAUCAAUGGACGACGAAGCCAGUGGAGGAGGCUGCAGAGAGAACGAGACGAGCCAUUGAGCUGGAAGAGGAGCAGACUAACGAUGAGCCCGUUGCCGAAGAAGUGCGGCCAGGGGAAUAUGCACCUGCCUCGGCAGAAGACGAUAGCAACAUCGUCCCAGAGCAGGUUAACGUCGAGACAUUUAACAACGUCGUGAGCAGAUUGGAGACGGACGGACAGGGCACAGUCGAUGAUGUGGAAGAAGACGACGCGCUCGUUGAAGCAAGAAUCGACGAGGAGCAGAAAGAAACGUGGAAAUUAACGUCGAAAACGACGAAAAACUUUGCAUCGGACUCGUGCGGCGCUCGGAUAGAGAAAUCGGCCCCAGACGUUACGGGCGCCAAAAACGUCAUCAACAACGAUUUCGACAAGUAUGCAAAGGCGCCAAUCGACAAGAAAUUUGCGUUUACUGUAGAAUUAUGCGAGGAAAUACAAAUACAGCGACUCUUCAUCGGAGUAAACGAGUUGUUUGCCUCUCGCCCGUCGAAAUUUAGCCUCCAAGCUGCCGAUAAAGUAAAAUCAGAGUGGCAUUUUCUAGGCGUUUUUGAUAUUGAGCCUUCGGGAAAAUCCAAUCUUCUGAAAGAGAACUUCAACGUGACAAUGACACAUCAAUACUUCAAGUUCGUCAAAUACGAAGCGCUCGAGUACUCGGGCGACGAGCCCUUUUCCGUUCUCACGAGUUUACAAGUCUUUGGCUUUCCAAUAGACGCUCAAAGAAGUAAUGAUUAUGAAGAUGAUGAGGAAGAUGCCGAUCAAGAGGGUGAAGCGGUCCCCGUGGCGACUGGUGAAUCCGGCGUCAAGAAUAUAAUUAAUGGCAUAAAAAAGAUCUUGACUGGCGCGCCUGUAGGAAACGACGGGCUUACAGAGCCCGAGGACCUGAUUGCCCAUCGUGAAUUGCGAGCUGAGCUCUCAUCAUGCCAUUGGAAUGCUCUUGUCCAUCGAUCAACAACAAAUAUAAAAGCCAACAUUCAUUGUGCUCUUUUGAUUCCUCUUUUCAGCUCUUGUAACUUUGGUUGUAAUGUCUACGCUGAUGCUGAUUUUAACUCCCCUCUGACUGAAAGAAUCGUGAACCAACGAGUAACUCAUAUUUCUCCUCCUGCUGAGUCUGAUCAAAGUACUGGCACAAUGAGUGAAAGAGCAGAGCAGCAAAUAUUGAAUAAUAAUAAACCGGAGAUGGCUGCUAAAUCUUCUCCACCAGUGGCUAGUAACUCCACCAAUUCCUCCCCGAAGCCCAAUUCGGGAGCGCCGAAGGAAAGAGUCGAUUAA